UCGGUUGAAACAGAGCGAAGAGUUAAAAAAAGGGCUUCGCUGUCAAAAAGCCAAAUUCUACCAUUUUUCCUCAUUUUUCUCCAUUCCCAUGCGCUUCGCUCGGAUCUCAAAUCCUUUCUCCUCCUUCGCCUUCACUUCAUCAUCAUCAUCAUCUCUUUCCUCUUCCUUCCGCGGUUCGAUAUCGAGAGCCUGAGCUUAACCUUCUCCUCCCUUCCCAUUUUGCUCUCGAUCUUUCGAAGCCAAAACCUUACAUUUCAUAGUUCCUUGAUGAUUAUGUAAUCCUGCGAUUCCAAUUUGUUUCACCUGAUUUGCCGGAUUUCCCUUUUGCUUGUACUACAAGGAACCACCAUGGAAAACUUAGCAGCGCAGCUAAAACGGGGAAUAUCCCGCCAAUUCUCAACUGGGUCGUUAAAACGGACUUUCAGCCGCCAAUUCACGCGGCAAUCGUCGCUGGACCCGCGGAAGAACAAUCUGCGGUUCGGCUUCGGUCGGCAGUCGUCGCUUGACCCCAUUAGGAGGAGUCCCGUCAGGGAUGAGCUGACGGUGCCGGAGAAUCUGGACUCGACCAUGCAGCUGCUGUUCAUGGCGUGUAGAGGGGAUGUGAAAGGGGUGGAGGAUUUGUUGAAUGAACGCAUUGAUGUUAAUAGCAUUGAUUUGGAUGGCCGUACUGCUUUGCAUAUUGCUGCUUGUGAAGGUCAUGUUGAGGUUGUUAAGCUUCUUCUUACCAGGAAGGCUAACAUUGAUGCCCGUGACCGUUGGGGUAGCACGGCAGCUGCUGAUGCAAAGUAUUAUGGAAAUGUAGAUGUGUAUAAUAUUUUAAAGGCUCGUGGAGCCAAAGUUCCUAAAACCAGGAAAACGCCAAUGACAGUUGCUAACCCUCGAGAGGUUCCAGAGUAUGAGCUUAAUCCAUUGGAGCUUCAAGUUCGGAAGUCCGAUGGUAUAACAAAGGGAUCAUAUCAAGUGGCAAAAUGGAAUGGCACAAAGGUUGCUGUAAAGAUACUAGAUAAGGACAGCUAUUCAGACCCUGAGACCAUAAAUGCUUUCAAGCAUGAGCUAACUUUACUAGAAAAAGUCCGACAUCCUAAUGUGGUUCAAUUUGUUGGAGCUGUUACACAAAAUAUUCCCAUGAUGAUUGUUUCAGAGUAUCAUCCAAAAGGUGACUUGGGAAGCUACCUUCAAAAGAAAGGGCGUCUAUCUCCAUCCAAAGUUUUAAGAUUUGCUCUUGACAUUGCCAGGGGAAUGAAUUACCUUCAUGAAUGUAAACCAGAUCCAAUCAUUCACUGCGAUUUAAAGCCAAAAAAUGUUUUGCUGGAUAAUGGAGGUCACUUGAAGGUAGCUGGAUUUGGUUUGUUAAGAUUGUCAAAAAUAUCACCAGACAAGGCAAAAUUAGCACAGCCAAAUGCUGAUGUUGAUCCAUCAAAUAUAUAUAUGGCACCUGAGAUUUAUAAAAAUGUGAUUUUUGAUCGAAGCGUUGAUGCAUAUUCUUUCGGUAUCAUGCUAUACGAGAUGAUUGAAGGAGUAGUGCCUUUUCAUCCCAAGCCUGCUGAAGAGGCUGUAAAAUUGAUGUGUUUAGAAGGAAAGAGACCACCAUUCAAGACCAAAUCAAGAAGUUAUCCUCCAGACUUAAGAGAGCUGAUUGAAAACUGCUGGGAUCAAGAACCUGUUGUCAGGCCGAUUUUUGCAGAGAUUAUUGUACGAUUAGACAAAAUAAUUGCCAACUGCUCAAAACAAGGGUGGUGGAAAGACACUUUCAAGCUUCCUUGGAAAUAAGGAAGGGGCUCAGUUCCUGCAAAAAAAGGGAAAUAAGAUGAAGAUUUUGAAGGAGAGGUUUCAAUCUCAAGUUUUUUGGAGCUUCAUCUUAAAUGUUGUAUGUUAUAAUAAUUGAGUUAACAGAGUGCAAAAAUCAUGUCGAAAUUAAAAAGUGAUGUUCCCUCAAGUCUUUCUUCUUUCAUGGAGCUGUAACAGUUUCCUUGUUAUGUACGGUGUGUGAAAGAGCUUACGUUACGGACCGAGCACACUAAUGGAAAAAAAAAA